GCGUUCAAGUGACGCAGUGUCCCGUGUGGAGCAGAGGGAAGGAGGAGGAGGAGGGGGGGCGAAGUUUCACUCUCUGCAUUGCAGCCUGAGCUGCUGCCGGACUCCAACACAACAAUGGCGACUCCCAGUCCCGACAGCAACUCCACGGGCUCCGGCAACAGCGGCCGCGUGGUGGGAUCCGCGUCGCACCAGCUCCACCAGAACACGCAGGGCGGCGGCGGCGGCAUGCAAGAUUUGGCCCACAUCCCACGUCCGGCCCACACACCUCAUGGAUUGAUGGCACUUGGGCGGUCUGCUCCUGUUUGCCAGAUCUGGGCCACAAAACCCAACACCUGCUGGAGAUGUCAGAAUGAAACAGGGUUUCAGAUAAGCCUGUCUGGAGUUUCCCAAAGUAAACGUAAAGCGCUGAAGCUGAACUUCGCCAACCCGCCAGUGAAACCAGCCUCCAGGCUCCCGCUCCAUCCAACGCCCCUGUCUUUCCAAAACCCUCACAUAGAGCGCAUGCGGACACACAGCAUCGAGUCGUCGGGGAAGCUGAAGAUCUCCGCCGAGCAGCAUUGUGACUUCACAGCGGAGGACCUGAGAGACCUCGGGGAGAUUGGUCGCGGAGCGUAUGGCUCCGUCAACAACAUGGUCCACAAACCCACAGGCCAGAUCAUGGCUGUCAAGAGGAUCCGCUCCACUGUGGACGAGAAGGAGCAGAAGCAGCUGCUGAUGGAUCUGGACGUGGUGAUGAGGAGUAGUGACUGUCCCUACAUCGUUCAGUUCUACGGAGCUCUAUUCAGAGAGGGGGACUGUUGGAUUUGUAUGGAACUUAUGGCUACCUCACUAGACAAAUUCUACAAAUAUGUAUAUUGUGCAUUAGAUGACAUCAUUCCAGAGGAAAUAUUAGGCAAAAUAACAUUAGCGACCGUUAAAGCACUGAACCACUUAAAAGAAAACUUGAAAAUAAUUCACAGAGACAUCAAACCUUCCAACAUUCUUAUGGACCGAAGGGGUAACAUCAAGCUGUGUGAUUUUGGCAUCAGUGGUCAGCUGGUCGACUCCAUAGCCAAGACCAGAGAUGCAGGCUGCAGGCCGUACAUGGCGCCUGAGAGGAUAGACCCCAGUGCUUCCAGACAAGGCUACGAUGUCCGGUCUGAUGUGUGGAGCUUGGGAAUCACCCUGUACGAGUUGGCCACUGGAAGGUUUCCUUAUCCCAAGUGGAAUAGUGUUUUUGACCAGCUGACACAAGUGGUGAAAGGAGAACCUCCUCAACUCAGCAACUCCGAGGACAGACAGUUCUCCCCCAAGUUCACCAACUUCGUUAACCUAUGCCUUACAAAGGAUGAAUCAAAAAGGCCAAAGUACAAGGAGCUUCUGAAACACACCUUCAUUCUGAUGUAUGAAGAGCGUUUCGUGGACGUCGCCAGUUACGUGUGUCGCAUCCUGGAUCAGAUCCCCACCUCUCCCAUCUCUCCUAUGUACGUGGACUGACUGUGUUAGGAUGGGGCGGGGCGGGGCACUAAGCUUUGUGAUGCGACUCUUGUCAUCUUUGCCCUCAGAGUUGCGUAGGAGCUCUGCCUGUUUUUAUUCACACGUUCCAAAGAGCAACAGGAACUAAGUCCAAAUUGCCCGGUGCAAUAAGAUGAAUAUUGUUAUGCGAACACUUCCACCUCCCAUCACCCCCAUUUAGUAUCAGUGAAAGCUGAAGCAUCAUCAAACAUGUUCAGCCAGAAAAAAAUGAAGACGUAACCUUGUCUCGGUAAAAUGCAGCAAAUCUUUACGUGACGAAAAAGGAGUAGAGUAUACAUAAAUGGUGUGUGUGUAUAUGUAAGUAUGUAUGAAUAUAUAUAUAUUUAUGUACACACACACCCUUUUACACAAAUACAGAAUUUACCAAAUAAAAUGUUUAAGAGUGACACUCACGACGUAUGAACAAAAUUAGCCGCCUGUUUUAAUUGUACAUUGAAGACUGUAUGUAUGCAUAUGUGUGUUCACCUCUGAGUUGUUGACAUGUACAGAUGUAUGCUGAUUCGACCUCCUGUCAAUACACACACCUUUCACGCAGUUUGUUGUCGGCACCUGGACUCAUGGCAAACGACUGAGUGUGCUAAAGUGUUUGUCUCUGAAAGCUCAUGGAUAAACGGUGGCUUGGCUUUA